GGACCUGCGCUUGACUCACCGCACACCACCCCGCACCGCACGACCUGCGUGAGCAAGGAGGGCGAGAUGGCGACGGCCAGCUUCCCCGGCUCGCCGGAGGCGGCGGCGGCGGUGCUGGAGAACGACGACCUGGUCUCCGAGAUCCUCCUCCGCCUCCCCCCGCAGCCGUCCUCCCUCCCGCGCGCCUCCCGCGUCUGCAGGCGCUGGCGCCGCCUCCUCUCCGACCCCGCCUUCCGCCGCCGCUUCCGCAUUCACCACCGCCGCGGCACCCCUCCGCUCCUCGGCCUCUUCGGCUCGAGCCGGGGCGUCAUCACCUUCCACCCUGCCCUGGUCGCCCCCGACCACCUCCCCAUCGGCCACUUCUCCCUCGAGCUCAACGACGACUACAUGACCCUCGGAUGGCGCCACGGCCUCGCGCUCUUCUACCUCCCGGACCCGCGCCAGGUCGUCGUCUGGGACCCCCUCGCCGGCGCCCAGCACCGCCUCGACAUUCCCGAGGGGUUCGUGUUCGACCCGUCGGAGGACCCAGUCAACGGGGCGGUGCUUCGCGCCGCCGGAGACAUCGACCACUUCCAGGUGGUCCUGGUAACCAGCGACGGGGGACGACCAGCACUUGCCUGCGUUUACUCGUCGGAGACUGGGUUAUGGGGUGAUUUCAUCUCCGCGCAGCUCCAAUCCGCGACCAUGGUCCAUUGGGGCGAGCCCUCUGUGCUGGCUGGGGGUUGCAUUUACUGGUUGAUUUCUGUGACGAGUAUCCUCGAGUUUGAUUUGGAUGCGCAGAGCCUAGCUGUGAUAUUGGUGCCACCGGACAUGCUUACCGGCACCAGUCACCAGUCCACGGUUAUGCGAGCACAGGGUGGUGGGAUGGGUUUCCUCCACGUGGCAGACUUCACUGCCCAAUUAUGGAGGAGGGAGACAGACGACUGUGAUGGUUCAUGGAUGCUUGGAGCAACUGUUGAAUUGAACAGGUUACUUCCCCCUGGUUCAGAUAACGAAGCCCUGCGUAUGAUAGGUUAUGCCGAGGAAAACAAUGUGGCGUUCUUCUGGACAGUUGUUGGUGUCUUCAUGUUCAACCUUCAGUCAUUGGAGCCCACGAGACUUUCUGGGAUCGGCAUCUCUGGUUAUGGUUAUCAUCCAUUCGAAACCGUCUAUACUCCAGGCAUUGGUGGUGGACAAGCAUUGAACAAGAGGCGCUCAUGGUGGAAACGAUGGAGACAGCACAUAAGAGGAUUAUUCAGUUGCGCUCGUGGUGGAAACGAUGGAGACAACACAUAAGAGGAUUAUUCUGUUAGAUGUAUUGGUCGAGCAAGGUUGGCGGCAUGAUGCUUCGUGUGCGAUAACCACUUCGUAUCUGGUGAAAUCUCAUUUGGUCGCGUUACUACAUAAAUAUGGUUGCCAGACAUAUUGCUGUGCCUAUGGAAGUGAUAGACGUAUUACACGAACAUGUGUGUUCUUAUGACACUGCUCGUCAGGUUUUUCCUAUGUACUGUAUCUGGAGGAUAGGUUGAAUUGCGAAUGUGUAUGCGGAUAUCUGUGGACGGCAGAGGGAAUGUAUCAUGAUGUCUUUUCGGGAGGGGAAUACGGUGAUUAGUUACUGGUAAGCAAGGACUAAAUUCCUUUGCCCAUGGUUUUACCUGCCCCGCAUGGCGACAUGCGCGGCAGCACAGCUUCGCCCUCCCUGCGCCGAUUGCGUGUUGUAUCAGGCCAGGAGAUUUUAAUUUGGCGCCGGGUAUCUGCUUAUAUAUGUUCCGAGCUCAGUAUAUAGAAAUCGCAGUAGUUUUGAUGUCUGAAUUGCAUCAAUAGUCUCACCUAGGAAUUCCGAAGAAGCUCCUCCACCGUGUCCAGCUCGGACCCCCGGCGCUUCUCCAUUGUCUGCUUCUCUCUGAAGAAGGAAGAAGCAGAGGAUGUGGGAGCGUCCUCCGUGCCAAGUUCAGAAUCGGGCAUCCCUCCAUUGUGUGCUUCCGAAGAAGCAGGCAUCUCUCUCUUUCUCUCUGAUGAAGAAGAAAGAAGAAGAAUCCGAGGAUGUGGAAACACCUUCCGUGUCAAACUCAACAAAGCCAGGCAAUGCUCCAUUGUGUGCUUCAGAAACCGAUAGUAGCUCUCUGAAGAAAGAAGAGACCACCAAUAUAUUUGUUUGAUGCAUUCUCUGUGUCCAGCUUAACAGACCCUGCAACUUCUGCAUUGUUUGCUUCAGAAACAGAUAGCAGUUCGCCGGAGACGGAAAGCAUUCGACGACUCCACCGGAGCAUCCUCCGCCGCAAGCUCGGUCCUUGGCAGCCACCACUACAGCUUGUGCUUCAGAAACAGAUAUGAGCCCUUGAAGAGAGAAACUGUCAAUGUACUAUCUGACCCUGAGAGUGAAGUUUUAGCUUCAGCUUCAGCUCCAACUCCUCAAGCGGCAUCAACAGCAGCCUCGCCGUCACUCCAGCAAUGGAUGGCCGACAUCCUGCAGAGGCCCGCCGCAUGACAAUGUAAAGGUUAAAUAAAUAUUGAUGUCGCUAAUGCAGGGGCAGCCAAAGCUUUGGUUCUCCGAAAUGGCUUGGUGUUGGCGGAUCAUAUGAGCUGCACUGCAGUAAGGUUGAGGUUGAGUCCGACUGUCAACCAGUAAUAAUUGAAGCGAUCUCAGUACUUUGGUGCUGACGCUGUGGUUGAUGCUGAAUGUCUGCAACUAGCGGUGAAUUUUCGCAAAUAAUCUUCCUUCUAUUUAUGUAAUCGUAGUGCUAAUCAUGUCACUGAUACACAAGCAAAGGCUACUUUCAGUUCUAGAACAUCAGCUUAUUGGGAUUCAGAUCCCCAGACUUCAUUUCAUCACAACUUGUAAAUGUUAUUGCUAUUAUAUGAUGAAUAGAGUCCUAUAUGUUGUACAACAUUAUUUAUUUACUACUAUCGAGAAAGACCACGGAUUGACUA